AUGAGCUUACUACGAAUGAAUGCUUUGAUAGGCAAAAGUAGGUCAAUAGAUCGAUUAAAACAAACAUUGAAUAUUCUAUCCGUUCGUAAUCAUAAACAGUUCAGCACCAUUCAACAAGGCAGCAAAUAUACCCUCGGGUUCAAGAAAUACGUAACAUUAUCAAAUGGAGAGAUUGGUUCUUUUUUUCAUGAUGUACCUUUGGAUUUGAAUGAACAUGAAAAGACUGUAAAUAUGAUAGUUGAAGUGCCAAGAUGGACAACUGGUAAAUUUGAAAUAUCUAAAGAACUCAGAUUCAAUCCGAUCGUCCAAGACACCAAGAAUGGUAAGCUUAGAUUUGUGAACAAUAUUUUUCCUUAUCACGGCUAUAUACACAACUAUGGAGCUAUCCCACAAACAUGGGAAGAUCCAACAAUUGAGCACAAACUGGGAAAUGGUGACGUGGCUUUGAAAGGUGAUAAUGAUCCCCUUGAUUGCUGCGAAAUCGGUUCUGAUGUUUUGGAAAUGGGUUCCAUAAAAAAGGUCAAGGUGUUAGGAUCACUGGCUUUGAUUGACGAUGGAGAAUUGGAUUGGAAAGUAAUAGUAAUCGAUGUAAACGAUCCUUUAUCGUCUAAAAUAGAUGAUUUAGAAAAAGUUGAGGAGUACUUGCCUGGAAUUUUAGAUGCGACUAGAGAGUGGUUUAGAAAGUAUAAGGUUCCGGCAGGGAAGCCGUUAAAUAGCUUUGCCUUUCGCGAACAAUAUCAAAAUUCCAACAGCACCAUCCAGACUAUAAAGGAUUGCCAUAACUCGUGGAGGAGACUCAUUUCAGGAUCGUUCCAGGAUAAAUACGACAACUUGCCUAUUACAGAAAGGGCUGGUAAUGGUGUCACACUUGAAGAUAGCGCUAAACCCUCAUCUAAAAUACCAACUGAUGUCCAGAAAUGGUAUUACGUUUAA